AGACCUGGAAUCUCAUUUUAAUAUUCAUAUUAUUCUUAAACUUUUUGUUAAUGCAUAAGUUUUGAAAUGUAUAGAAAGAUGUGGCAGAAGAAACAACAGAAAAAAGGCGGUUAAUGGAAAUAGAAAAAGAAGAUACAGAAAAACUGAGACAAAAAUACAAGGCAAAUCAAGAAAAGGAAAAAGCAGUACAGGAAGCACUGGCUAGUUUGAAAGCAAACUUUUACUGUGAUUUAUGUGAUAAACAAUACUACAAACACCAGGAAUUUGAUAAUCACAUCAAUUCCUACGACCAUGCCCACAAACAGCGUUUGAAAGAGUUAAAACAGCGAGAAUUUGGAAGAAAUGUAGUUGGCAAGUCUCACAAAGAAGACAGAAAACGAGAGAAAGAGCUGAAACGUUUACAUGAAUUAGCAGAAAUAAGAGCUCAAGCAGCAGAAUUAAGAGGCCCAAUGGAGUUGGGUACAGGGGAAAAGUUUAUCCCUGGUGGUGGAUUUAAGGAGGUUGAAGCCACAGAAAGAGAAAUAACCACGAGUGAAUCAGAAAGUGCUGAAAGUGUAGAUGACAGUUACACAGAAAAGACAGAUCAAGAGGAAAAUGAAUCUAUACAAGAGAGCAAGGCUAUAUUAGAUAGCAUAGAAUUUGACAUGGAGAAUGGAGAAACAAAUUUUGUAACUUCUAGCAGUCCUGAUGUUAGCAAUACUGAGUUUCAGGAACAAGGUGAUUUUGUAGAGCUCAAAGGAAACCAGUUAGAAUGUGACACUAAUAUUGGUUUAUUAGGUAUUAUUGAAGAACCACAACAUACUGUGCUAAAUCAAGCUGCAAACACAACUUCCGUAGAGGCCACAGAACCUUCAGCAUUAAUUACAACAUUUUUUAGUUACAUGGACAUCGAUUUACCACCUUUACCAUCAGAAAUUCCUCUACCACCAGAAACACUAAGAAAGGAAAAUGAAGAGUCUAAUUGUUACCAAAAUUCCUUUUUACCUUCAACACAACCUGAACAUCCACCAGCAGAACCACCACAGAGCAAGCCUUUGUUACUUCAUCAGUUGAUGUCUGUUCCACCUCCCCCACUUCCAUUUUUGCCUCCUUCUGGAAAUUCCCAUCAACCUUUGUCUUCACAAUGUCUUGGUACAAAAGUACCUGCUGCUUCUUUUUCUGUGAAAACAUCAGUACAGUCUUUACUCAGAUUGGAAGACAUAAGGAAUGCCCCUCCUCCUCCCCCUCCUCCUCCAACUAAAGAACAGAUCUUCACAACAAGUCAGAACCAAAUAAAUGAUUUCAUUUUAAAGUUUGAAGAACAAAAUAUAACAGGAGAGAAAGCUAAAACUAAAGAAGAGAAUAAAAAAGAAGCAACAGUAUCUCCAAUAACUAAAACAAAAGCAGUACUUGGGAAAGCUUUAGCUAAAAAACGAUUAAUGGCAUUUACUAAAACAAUGUACCCUGGAGGAAAGAAACCAGUUUUACAUGACAUUUUAAAGCCUUCGGUGGUAAAACCCAAAACAUCACUAGAUACAGCCUUUGCUGAGGAUGAAGAGAUUGUUGAGAAGACUGAAGGUGAAAUUGAGGCAUUUGAAGAACCAGCUGAAACAUCUAUACCUGACAAAAAGUAUAUUGAAGAAGAAAUACCAGAAGAAAACAAAGUAUUCUAUCAUAAACAACCUCCUGAAAAUUGUGUGAUCAAACCAAAUUUUGACUUUGUUGUGUUUGUAAAGAGCAAUGUUUUAAGAGACUUAUCAAACACUAGUGUUGGUGAUAAAAAAAAUGAAAUUCUUUUGAAAGCAAAGGAUUUAAAAGCAAUUACAAACAUUGAUCUGAACAAACUAGAAGGAAAAAAUCUCAAGGACCACAAACAUGACAAAGAAGAAAAAUAUUUUGAAAAAAAAAGUAACAGUGAUGAAAAAUAUUGUAAUCCGACUGAAAAUUCAAGGAAACAUCCACAAGAAAAUAGUCCUGAUCGUGAUGAAAGACAUAGGGAAGAAAGUCCAUGGAACAGAAGAAGAUUAGAAGAAACAAACAGGAAGAGAAAUAGAAGAGUCAAAGCAUCAAGGAGCAGAUCUAGAGACAGAGAAUAUAAAAGGGAGAAAAGAAGCAGAGAGUCAAGGAGCAAGUCACAUGAAAGGGGUUAUCAAAGAUAUAAAAGUACUCACAAUUCUCGAAGUAGAUCAAAAGAUUAUAAGGACAAAAGAUAUAGAAUUAGCAGGAGUAUAUCAGUGGAAAGGACAUCUAAGAAAAGAAGAAGUGUGGAAAAGUCAAGAAGUAAGUCCAAAGAAAAAGAUGAUAGAAAAAACAAAAAAGCCAGGGAAGCUAGAAGUAAGUCAAAAGAAAAAGAGAAGAAAAAAUAUAAACAUAUUUUAGAAUCUGUGAGUAAAUAUAAUAAAGUAAGUUCCAAAGAAGAACAGUUUUUUGAGAAAAGUGCAAAUUUUCAAAGAUCUACAAAUCCAGGAAAGUUAACAGACAAGCACACACUAGUUUCAAAGCAAAAUAGUUUGGAGGAUUUUACAUUACCAGAUUUAUGCAAACUAGGAAAGAGCCAUUUAAGUCAGGAAAUGGAAACUUGUUUGGCAUAUAAUAAGAAAACACAAGAUAAUAGAGAAAUAUAUUCUUCUUUGGAUCAGAUCCCUGUCCAUAUUCAACAAGAAAUCUAUAAAGAAAAAGAAAUUACUAAACAAACUGAAGUGAAAGAAAAUGAAAUAAUCCUCAGCAAUGAGAAUGAUGAUGCCAAGACAGACUCUCUAUUACAAAAAAGCCUUGUUAUUGAAGAAGAAUCCACAUUAGAUGAAAAUAUUAAUAAAUAUGGAAGUCAUUUUAGUAAAGAAAAUGUAACUGGUGUAAAGGCUUCUGGUCAUAGUGAAUUAACAGUCACAUCUUUGGAAGAAUGUAACACAAACUACCCUAGUCCAACAAUUACAUAUAUGGAAAUAUCUGAAAAAACUCUCAAAAAUCAUCAAGCUGAAAUUGAAAUUAAAACUUCAAAAGCAGAAAUAUUAUCAGAAUCAGUAUCUGACAAAACAAAAGAAAAAAAGUAUGUUAAUAAGGAUGGUAAGAAACAGUAUGAAGAAGUUUUGACUGAGGGAAAGAAUUAUGUAGAAGUAGAAAAAAGUAAAAUUACUGAUACACCAUAUGAAGACAGUGAUUUAGAUAAACAAAAUGAAAAGUACAAACAAGAGCAAUUGAAUAGAGAUGUGUUUGGAAAACCUAAUGGAAAAAGUAGAUCACCUGUCAAAAAAAUUGACAAGUUGUCUGAGACACACGGUAAAGAAAAGUUGUGUUAUAGACUUGGGUCAUCAGAGAAACAUCUGACUGGGUCUUUUGAGAGAUUGAGAAGAGAUGAAUUAUCUGUAAAGCAACCAAAUGUGACUUCUGAUAAGAAGAAAGGCAAGUCUUCUGAAAGAGAGAAACCGAACCUAUCUCAGGCAGAGGAUAGUAAAAGACAUAAAAUUCAGGUUAAUAAAAAACAAUCUAGUUUUUGUGAAAAGAAUGAAAAUAAACAUGUUGAAUAUGUAAGGAAAAAUAAGAAGGAUAAGCAACAUUUGAUCAAUGAUUUAACAGAAAUUGAAAAUCAAGAUGUAUUCCAAGAUCAGCUGUCUGUUUUAAGAGAUUAUGGUUCCCAAAGUGAGGAAACUUCUUUAGAUGAAAUUUAUGAAGGAGAGAGAUUUUCCAAGAAAGUUUCAAAACCAGAAGGCUUUAAAUCAGAAAGAAAACGAAAAUCCAAAAAGAAACAUAAUAAAAAAGAUAUAUAUCAGAGUAGUGAAGAUAAUGACAAGAUUCACAAAAAACUAGAAAAGGAUACUUAUAAAGAAAAGAAAAAGAAACAAAAAUCAGAUAGUUCUGUUACAGAAGAAAAGUCAUUGUUGAAGACCAGUAAAUAUAUCUUGCAUGAUUUUCAUUCAUCAGAGGAAACUGAAGGAAAUUCAAGAAAAUCUAAAAGAAAACAAAAACUUAAAAAUUGUUAUUAUGAAAGUGGAUCAGAAAGCAAUCAAUUAGGUCAUCAGAGUGGGGUAAAAAUGAAAGAAAAGAUGGAGAGUAAAAUACAAAAACACAAAAGAAGUCCUAGUUGUAGCAGUGACAUGUCAAGUGAUGAAAAUAAUUUUAGACAUUCAGCAAUUAAUAUGGAAAAAAUGUCCUUAAAAGAGCUUGAGUUAAAAGAGAAAGAAAGAGAUAGUGAGUCAGAGAAAAAUGAGUCCAAAAAAAAAAUUAUAUCCACACCUUUUAAGGAAUUAAAGAAGGGUAGGGAUAAGAGUUCUGACACUUCUGGUGAUGACCAUAAUAGAAAAUAUCCUGUUAGGUCCAAAAGCAAAAAGCAUGUUGAGAAAAAAAAUGAACCUUCAAAGAAAGGUCAUAGCUCAAAAUCAGAAAAAAGUUCAGAAAGGAAAGAAAAUGAAAGUAAGUCAAAAAACAGAAGUAUUAUGUCAAAAAGAUUUUCCUUAAAGGAAGACACAUUUACUGUAGAACACCAUUUUCAGGAAAAAGGUUCUACCACCAGUUCUACUUCAACCGAUUCUUCAGAUUCAAGUGUAUCUUCAGGCUAUCAUUGUCAAUCAAAUAAAAAAGUCAAGAACAGGUUUCUGUCAUAUAAGAGAAAUGACACUGAAUGUUGUAAUAAAAAAGAACAACAACUCAUAGUGAAUUCAAAGUCCACACAAAAUUUAAAAAAAAUAUAUUCAAAGUACCAAACAAAAGAAGAGAUUGAGACUAAAACUGAAAAUGAUUCAGAAGGUGAAGAGUACAAUAACCAUAAAAGAAAGCAAAAAAGGAGAGAAAACUCUCUUGGAUUUUCAGAAAAUAACAAACAAUUUAAAGAUGAAGAAUAUAUAAAAGAAUACUCUGAAGCCAUAAAAUCGAAACAUUGUACAGAUCACACCAGAAAAGCUCAAGAGAGUGUUAGUCAUAAACCUAGAAAUCAUUCAGUAGAAUAUCUUACAGUUUUAUCAAAAGAUGGAAACUCAGUGUUGAAAUGGCCUUUUGAUAAUGUUCAGUAUACAAAAGCAAAACCAUCUGUAUCUUACUGCUGUAGUCUUAAGUUUUGUAAUGAAAAAUUACCAUCUAGAGAUCCUAGUAAACUCACAGGUGUCAUAAAAUCCAAGGAAAAAAAUUCAAUUUCUAAAGAGUCGUGCAUAAUUCAAAAUAAAACCUAUGAGGAGAAAUUAUCUUUUGAAGCAGAAAAUGACACAGCAUUUGUAGGAUUGAGCAGUAAGUCUUGGUCUGACUCUAGUGGUCCGGUAGUUGAUGCCUCAGUAGAAAUGACCCAGUUUAAAUGUAAAUGGGAAACAGAUUCAGAAACAGAUAAAGAUAGUGACAAGCUGCUCCAGAAUCAACCAGAGGCGUUAAAAGAAGUUGCUGAAACUUCAGAGACACAAUUGAAAGAUAAUCUCUUGCUUGAAAGUGUGGAAGCUAUAAAAUCCAUAAAUUCUCCUCAGAAAGAAAUUGUUUCAGGACAGAAAGAAGUUAAAGUAUCCUUAGAAAAUAAUCAGUUCACAAUAGCAUGCACUGAUGAAAAAUAUUGUGAUAACCAGAUGGAGGAAGAACAGUACAACAUAUGUGCUGAAGAAGAGAGAAUAUCUCUACCUAAUGUAAUUUCUUGUUCUGGACAAAAAAGUGAGUUUAGAGACACACACAAAGAAUUGGGGAAAGAACAGACACUACCUAUAGAAGAUUUAUCUGUAAACAUAAAAAUGGUAGUUGUUGAAAAUUCUCCUUUAAAAAAACUCAAAGAGAAAGAGAACCUCAAGAAUGAUGAAGUAAAAAUGGAUAAUCAGGAUGAUCUCACUGUAGAAUAUGCCAAGUUUUUGGAGCAGCUAAAUAUUGAAGGUCAAGAUUCUAAUUCUUUAGAUGAGCAGUCCUCAAAAGGGAAGGAGUUUAGCAUGAAUAACAUUGACUCUCUGAUGGUCUGCAGAAGUCAUAUAGAUUCUCAUGUUGAAAAUGAUAAAACUGACCAGUCUAAUCAUUUUUCAGUAGGGUUUUCUUCAGACUCAGACACUGAACCUAAAACUGAUGAAAUUCUUCAGGAUUUGAAAGAAAAACAGCAUAAGACUCGUGUAAAAAGGAAAAAAUUGUUAUCUUUUCAAUCUAAAGCUGAUGAGCUCACAAAAGAAAAAAUAUGUGGCCACAAAUCAAAAAGUAAAGAAGAAAAACAGAAAAAGCAAAGUGUUGGUCCAUUAGAUACAAAAAAAGAAAGCUAUAGAAAAUAUUCAAAGAGUUCAUCUGAAUCAACUGAAAAUUCAGAUGAAAGCACUUCAGAUUCUGGCUCUGAAGAUAUUGAGAAAGAAAAUAAGCCUUCAAACAAAUUUUCCACCUUUAAAUUUUGUGGUGGGACAAAUAUUAGUAAAAUGAGUAUUAGCAGCAAAUCUUCCUCGAGUGAAGAUAACUGUGCAGAGGAUGACAGUAAUUUAUUAGUCAUAGAUCAGAAGUCUUCUUCAAUUACAGCUUCAACUAAUCAGUAUAAAGAUUUAUUUCCAGCCAUUUCUCCUGUUAAUAUACUAACAGGCUGUGACCAGAAUGAUUGUAUUGAUAUGGACAUUUCAAUAACUGACGAGGGAUCCAGAGACACUGUAGAAAAUGUUUACAUUAAGGAUCUAGCACCAAAUAAAACACAAGAAAAGACUGAUAGCAAACAGAUUCCAGAAAAAGUUGAAAGUAUGCUGUUCCCAUAUACUAACCUAAAUCAAACUGCUCUUGAAGUAGCCAGUAUAGAUAGUAAAAUAGAAGACCCAAAAGCUUGCAUUUCUUCUCUUUCUUCAAAAAAUAGCAGCAUUUUAGGGCUCAAAAACAUUAAACAAGCAUGCAAUUUACAAAGAAACACAGGGGGAAAGAAUGAUAAUAAAUUGAUUGUUUCUUCCAAAAUCCGUUGUGAAAAGUAUGAUAAUACUAGUAACUGUGUAAGUGCAGGUGAACCUUAUUUGAAAGACACUAAGGAAACAUAUAUGUUGUUUGAAGAAUCUGAAGCAUGUAAGACUACAGAACUGACUAAUUGGUGCAACAGUAAGCAGUUAUUUGUUUGCAACGUUUCCACAAGUUCAGGGACAAGUAAAAGUAGUGCUUUGGCUGAUGUAAGUUUGAGCUGUAGUGAAGUAUUGCCUUCUGAUGCAGAACACAUGAGUGAUGAAAAAUGUUUGAAUUCUAAAACAACGAUAUCAGUAGAGAUACCAAAACCACCAGAAACUAAGUCAUUUGAAGAAGAAACACUAGUGCAUAUGUCAAAACCUUCUAGUAAAUAUUUUGGUGAAGAAAUAGCACCAGCAUAUACCCCUUUACCUUUAAGUACUUGUUUGACUGAAGAUAUUGUGCCGUUAGAUAUGUCACAACAAUCAAAUACUGCUUCAACCAAACAAGUUGUGGCAGUAGAAGAGGCAAGAGAUACCAAAUUACCAGAAUUAUGUCAAGCUGAGAAAGCUAGUUCUACUACUGGCACUGGGCAGAAAAGUAAUAACUUAGAACUAAAAAUAGGAAGCAUUAAAAGUUAUGAAUUUACACGUGGAGCUCAAAAUCUUGAAAGCUGUAUAAUGGAGAAAGAACCUGAUGAUGUGUCAGUGAAAAUUAGUAAGGAACUACAAAUUGAAAAGUUUUCAGAAAAUGUCAUUGGAAUUAGAGAUACCCAACAAAUAGAUAAAUCAAAAUGCAGAGACAAUUUCAAGGCUGGUAGUUGUGAGAGAGCUGAUACCUCUAACAGUAGCCAUACAUUUUCACAGAAAAAUAUUCACAUAUCUCCAAAUAAGAAAGAAAAAAUGCAGAGAGGUAAUAAUGAAAAAUGCUCCUCAGUAUAUGUGAAAGGUGGUAGCAUGUCUCAUUCUAAAAUUGAAUCUGAAGGAUCAGUACCUACUAUUUCAGUUCCUGGGAAAAAACCUUCAAAGGCAGAACUUUCAGGACUACUUUUAGAACUUAUGAAAUCACCUAUUUUUCAGCAACAACUUAGAACAUCAGGUCUUCUGUUUCCUAGGAGUUCCACAAAAGAUAAACGAAAACCUAAUGAAAAGUUACCUGAAACAAGUAAACACACAAUCAAGGUAUCAGAGUCUGCUUCAGGAUGCAUAAUUGGUAAAACUACAAUUGAAUCGAGUAAACAGACAUUAAAACCUUCAGAACAUGUUUCUUCUGGAGCUUUAAAGCAUAUUCAAGCAAAAUCAUUUGAUUUAAAGAAUAUUCCAAUACCUCAAAGUCCUGAUGAGACUCUCUGUAAACUACAGUCUGUUCAAGAACAGGAUGAAGUCAGUGUGUGUGCUGCACAUGAAGGAGCAAUUGAAGAUAUGGAGAUUGAUAUAGGUACAGAGGAGGGUGAGGAAUCCCCUCCUCCUCCUCCUCCCAGGAGUUCAUCAUCAACCAGUAGCAGUUUUCAAGAGUUUAAAUUUACAGCUGCUUCUCUCCCUCCACCUAAAUCAGGUAUUCUUGUCCAGUCCAGCCGUGAAGGCUUUGGUGAACUCCAACCCAAAAAAUCAGUCACUUUUGCUGAUGGUUUUCGGCCAGGAAAAGACCCUGUGGAUGGACAGGAAUCUCCUCCACCUCCACCACCUCCUAAGGACCGUAAAGUGAAAGUCAGACUAAAAUACUUAUCACGUCACAACAGUGUUCAUGGUGAUGAUUCUCCACCACCACCACCACCUCCUGGUUCUCCACCUCCACCACCACCACCACCAAAAAACUCCAUGGUUACUAUGGCUGCUGCUCCUGUUGUUUUUGAUCAUUAUCAACAAUUUUCCCGAGCUAGUCCACUUCCUGGCCAACCACAGAUAGUUACAUUACCAUUUGGAACAAAUUCAGCCACCAUUCCCAAUGUUGCAGGCUAUACCGUGCCUUAUGGCUACCCAUCAGGUUAUCAUGCUGCUUACACAUCUGCUGGAUUACCUCCAGGAUAUAGUUAUACCACCUCCUCACCCCAACACUUAUAUAUUAACAUGUCAAACCCAUACCACUAUCCAUCUAAUAAUCAAGAAACUGUACCCCCUCCACCACCACCUCCAAAGUGAAGCUGUGUUCUCUUCCAUUGGUUACAAGAAACACAGAAGAAACGUAGAGUGGCCAAUUUCAUGAUUUUACAAGUUUGAAGCUUGAAUAAGUUGUUUUACUGGCAUGCAUGGAAAGACUUCUAUGUGAAUAAUAUGUUUCUAGUACUUGUAAUUUCUAGCUACUGGACACUAUAAUUUUUCCUUAAUGAGUAUAAUCAUUUUAUCUAUAAGGAGUGUAAUUAUAAUGUGUAUAGUUAGUUACUUUCAUGACAGUAAACAAAUUUUAAAUGUCAGUAACCCUAGUUUAUGUGUAAAGAAGAAACUAGAAAAUACAUUUAAUUACCAUGUAUUUGAAAUGCCCCUUUCUUCGUUCACUGUACAAAGCUGUUGAUUUUCUUCCUGGUUUUUAAACAAAAGUUAAGUUAUUGUUGUGAAAUAUAAUUUCCUGGUAUAUGAAGCGUGAAACAUGCCCAAUUUAACAAGCUAUGACAUAGGUACCUUGAAGUGGAGAAGUAGCAUUUGUCUGUAAUAAUUUAAGUUCAGAAUUUUUUAAUUGAGAACUUGAUAUCAUAUGGUGUGGAAAAAAUUGUUUAUGAUUUAUUUUAAUGUUUCAACACAUUAUAUGUCUUUUUUCUUUAAUUUUUUUUGGAUUUUAAAAUAUCCACAAAUGUAUUUGCUUUGCUUAAAUAUAAUAAACAGAUUUCACUUUGUAUAAGUGUUUACAUGUUAAGAUUUUUUAGAAUAUUUUGCUAAACUGAAAUAGUUAUAAGUUAGUUAAAACUUUAUUUUUCUCUUUUGCUUAUAUGCUUUGUACUAGUAGUUUUCAGUAUGUGUAGAAUUUUGGCUAUAGUUUUAACUAAUGAGUUAAGUGUGAUGCUUACUCAAAACAUAAUAUGAAAAAUGAAAAAUUUCCACAGUCAGAAAUUUUAGAAAUUUAAAUAUAAUUUAUGACUUAAAUAUGUUUUGUUCUCUGUAUUAUUAUUAUUAUAUAAUAUUUGCAACUGCUGCUUCAAAGCAUAUAAAUUUGCUAGUGGUUGAUAAAGCAAGUGACAAACUAAUGAAUAUUUUAUGGGCUUAGUUAGUAGAUUUUUCAUAGGUGAGGCUUGAAAAACCAGUAACAUCAUAUAGCUAUGAAAUUGGGAGUAAUACUAAGUGUAAACAUUAAUUUCAGUUUUAUUUUCUAAGCAUUGGUAGAAUUGCUUUUGACUUCUGAUUAGUUUUUACCCAGAUAUACAACUUUCUUGUAACACAUGAACAAGGAAUGGUGCAUUUGAGCUACAUGUGAUUUACUAACUUGUUGGUAACUUUACGUGCUCUAGAAAUAACUCCCCACCAUUAUAUUUUAUUGAAAAUAUUUUCUUUAUGUAUAACAGUGAGCACUGAACUUCAAGUUGGAAUCAUUUUGUUAAAUCAGCAAACAGCAGUGGUCACUGUGCACUGCAGAAAAUUGCCUAAGAUUACUGAAAACAUUGAUGAGAGUAAGAAAAAAAAGCUUAAAAGGAAUUUUGCUUAUUUUUCUUCCUAUUUGUACCUAAUCCUUUUAUUCAAAUUUAGCCUGAAUGGUUGCAUUCCACAAACAGAAUGUUUGUAGUUAAUGCAAAUGUUUUGUAGCUUAUUGAAAUAAUUUUUAUUAAUCAGUAUAGUGAAACCCCAUUGUAUCAUCAUAUUCACCAGUUUGUGGUACACUUUUAUAAAUGUUGCAAAACCCAGCAAGUUUGGUAUAGUGUAAGUCAGUUCCAGCACACAUGUCUCUGAGUCUUUCAUUCCCUUUGGAUAACAGCUAAUAAAUGCAUGAAGCCUUUAACACAGUGGUAGAAUAAGUGAAUAUUACUAUGUUAAAUAUCACAGCAGAACUGUUAUGAUUCAUACAGUGGCAGAUUAAAAAAAGUAUUUUUUUUAGUUAUUUCAACAAAUAUAUGCUGGCUUAGAUAUACAUUUCUUGCUAAACUACUUAAAGAAAUACAAUUGUUUUUGUUCUUGUUCCUGCAAAGUGAGUAGUGACUGCUAGAAAAUCUUAUCCUGCAAAUUGGUAAUGGAAUUUUUGGGUGUAUUUAGAAUGUGACAUUAUACACUUGGAAGUAUGAUGAAAAUUGUGUUAUGCCUGUCUGUAUAGUUAAUACUAUGAUUCAGUUGCAAUAAAGUAUUUGUUCACAAAAUUUGCUUUUGGUUAUUUAUUUUUAAAUAUUUUGUUGAGUUUCACUUUAGUUGUUUUUUUUCUGUCAUUAUUUAUUCUAAAUGCUAAUUUUCAAGUAUUCUGAUUAUACUAUGCAGUGGCUUUUUCUGUGUUUUUGGGUUGAUAAAAUAGUAUUUUAUGUAUUAUGUGAAACUGUGAAUUAAAGGUAAUGCUUACUGGAAAUGAAAAUUCACAUGAAAAUUUAAGAAUUGCAACAGUCAGAAAUAUUUGAAAACUGGAAGCUUGGAAGAGUUUCUUAGACAUAUUUGUUCUUAUACUUGGUAGUGCUUAAUAAUUACUAUAUGUGAAAAUGUAUAUUGAAGGAUUAAUAAACAGAUUCCACCUGUU